AUGAAAAGAACAGUUGAUAUUUACAAAGCAAAUGGAAAGAAACCAAAACAGGCGAUAGGUAGCAAAUCACAGACGUCUUAUGCAGCAUACUUGAAUAGUGAUGUUAAAACCAUUGCUAAAUUGUACUGAUUGUUAGCAUUUACAUGAGGAAAGAAAAUCUUACCCAAAUCACCAACAAUUACUUUAUCAAGAAUCUACGUAUAGAAUAGACACAAAAAUCCAGUGCCAAAUAGCUUAAGACCAAUUUUUCUUAGUUACGAUAACCAAGAUCUGCUACAAUUGAUACAAAGAAUUCUUAAAAAAGUAUUUUGAGUUCUUUAAAUUUUAGAAAUAUCUAGACCUUAUGAAUCAUUAUAACCAAAAAGAUAAACAGCAGUUGAAUCCACUUAGAAUUUGAUUAAACAAUAUACUAAUUAAAAAUAGAAAACCAAUGUUGAUAAAAGAAAUUUAUGGCACAAUUUUGUAACAGAAUCUAUAUUCAUAUUUUACAGCUUAAUAAUUCCAUUAUUGAUUAAUAAGUUCGUAGAGCUUAAAGUUCUAGUACUCAUAACAUGAGAUAAGAACCAAAAAGUGAUCUCAAAUAUAGAUCUGCUUAAUCUUUACAUUAUAAUCCUGAUUUCCUAUAAUUCAAACUAUCUUUUAGUGCAAGAACAAGAUAAGGUCAAUUAGCAUCCAAUCCUAAUAAAACUAAUUAAGAUACAUUUAUUUGUGAAACCAAUAUUGUCUCUGAUAUGCAUUUAUUCUCAGUAUGUGAUGGUCAUGGAUAAAAUGGACAUUUUGUAUCAUAAUAUGUUAGAGAUCAAUUUACAAAAAUACUUAAAAGAGAUCAUUAAUUAAAAUAACAUCCCAGAUAAGCUAUUGUUAAAUCUAUAUCUCUUUUAGCAAAUCUAAUUAAUUAAUAACCAUUUGAUACUUAAUUUAGUGGAUCUACUAUGAAUACUAUCUUAAUUUAAGAUGGUGGACAUUUAAUCUGUUCUAAUGUUGGAGACAGUAGAGCAAUCAUUGGAAAAUUAGGAAACAAUUCUAAAUUUAAACCAUUCCCUUUAUCAAUUGAUCAUAAACCAUGUCUUGAAAAAGAAAUGAAUAGAAUACAUAUGCAUGGUGGUAGAGUAGAUACUUAUUAUGAUGAUUAAGGUAUCAUUCAUUAAUCCAUUAGGUAAUUCGAUUGGACCAGCUAGAGUUUGGGUUAGAGAUGGAAAUUAUCCAGGAUUGGCUAUGAGUCGUAGUCUUGGUGAUUAGAUUGCACAAUCAGUUGGUGUUUCUAGUGUUCCAGGUAAAUUAUAUUAAUUUCUAUAUUUUUAGAGAUAUUUGAAUAUUAAUUGACUCCUUAAGAUAAAUUUAUUAUUUUAGGAAGUGAUGGAGUGUGGGAAUUUAUUGAUAAUCAAAGUGUAGUUGAUAUUGUAGGAAAGCAUUACGUUUAAGGUGAUCUAGAAGGAGCCUGUGAUGAAUUAAUGUAAAUAUCUUAUAAAAUGUGGACUUUAGUAUAUAUUUGUAUAAUUAAUAUAGGAAGAUGAUUCAGUAGUAGAUGAUAUUACCUUUAUAGUUAUAUUCAUAAGCUGA